GUACAACAGUAGUAAAUAAGAAGCGAUCGUAGCAACCAAUACAAAUACAAUAUUUAAAAAAAACUGUCAAAGUAGCGUUCAAGAAAUUACAGAAGGUAUGAUUAGGGGACUAGCUUUGCUCACUGAAAUGUCUCCCAUGUGACGUCAUUUUCUAUCGUCCCCACUACGGCAGCGCAAUCGAUACGCCCCAAGUCAAUCGCGGCCAGGCCCCUCCUCUUUUCCGGGCGUGGACGAUGACGUCAACACGGCCUGCCAUUUCUCGCCGUGUGACUCUCUUACUGCCUGCGGUCUAUACGAGAAGCCGCGGCAGUGUGGAUGCGCGCCGGUAGCAGCACGGUACAGCACCAGCCAAGGUUUCCCGCCGCCCGCAGCGACGUCACCAGCACGCAGCUGCUCCAAACAACAAACGCAGGUGGCGCUGUUGUUUUCGAGAGGUGAUGGCGCACUCCUUGCUCCUGACGCUCGUGCUUCUUUCGACGGUGGUGUCUUUUGCCAUCGCCGACGGACCAUCCGGCAUCCCUCGCGGAAAGAGGAGGCGCAACUCUGGUGGACGAUCACAGCACCCCCUGCGGGCCGCAACGGGCUACAGCGACCAGUGGGUGCCACGGAAGAUCCGGGGCGGCGGGCGGGCGCAUCACCCGGCCCGGCUUGAGGUCGACGGAGUGAGCUUGGAGGGUCUGCGCCCGGUACGGGUGGACAUGGGGCCAGGUCGAGCCGGCCUGAGUGAGAACCGCUUGAUUGGCACGCGCAAAGGAAGGGGACACGGCGAACGGUCGCAGCUCAGGAGACACGGGGGCAAACGGGACAAGGGACGACAUGGACAAGAGCCCCUGCCAAGCCUCGUAGUGGACGAGCCCCCUCCUUCUCUGCCCUCUUCUUGGGCCCUUCCUGGAGAUGGCCCCUCCCCCAGCCCCUUUGGCUCUGGCUCUUCCAUGGUUGUCACGGUGACCGACGAGCAUCCCCCAACGCUACCCCCGGCCUCCAGCAAACCACAGCGGCCCGGACGAGGUAAAAAGCAAGGCGAGGUGAUGCCCACGCUGGACAUGGCGCUCUUCGACUGGACGGACUACGAAGACAUGAAGCCCGCGGACGCUUGGCCGUCCUCCGGGAAGAAAGACAAAAGACGAAGUAAAAACCUCAGCAGCGGGAACGCGACGGCGGAUGCUGACGACAUCGAAGCGUGCGACCACCAUUUGGACUGCCUCGCCGGUUCCUGUUGCGACCUGAGACAACACGAGUGCAAAGCUCACAACCGAGGCCUGAACAACAAGUGCUAUGACGACUGCAUGUGUGAGGAAGGCUUCCGUUGCUACGCUAAAUUCCAUCGCAAGCGACGGGUGACGAGGAGGCGGGGCCGCUGUGUGGCGCCCGAGUCGGUCAGCGGUGACCAAGGAGGCUUCAUCACCAUCUGAGGAGGACGAGAGGAAGGAGUGCUUGUGGAAGACGGCAACCGUGAGCACUCAGACACGGCUGAGCGUAUUUUUAAAGGGGCGGACAUUUUGAAGGACAAUGGAAUGCUAAACCCAUAACACCCCAAACCUUAUCCUAAUCCGACGCGAACUCUCAACCUACCCUGACCCUCACCCUCCAUCUCUACUCUCCCCACGACCCAAACCAAACCGUCCCUAAUCGUCCCGAACCUCCGCGCGUGAGUGUUUAUUUCCCAAUUCUUAUUUUUUUUUUUACAAAUAAAUACUAUUAUCCAGGCGGCCCGGUAGUCCCGUGGUUAGCACGUCGGCUUCACAGUGCAGAGGUACCGGGUUCGAUUCCAGCUCCGGCCUCCCUGUGUGGAGUUUGCAUGUUCUCCCCGGGCCUGCGUGGGUUUUCUCCGGGUGCUCCGGUUUCCUCCCACAUUCCAAAAACAUGCGUGGCAGGCUGAUUGAACACUCUAAAUUGUCCCUAGGUGUGAGUGUGAGUGCGAAUGGUUGUUCGUUUCUGUGUGCCCUGCGAUUGGCUGGCAACUGAUUCAGGGUGUCCCCCCACCUACUGCCCGAAGACAGCUGGGAUAGGCUCCAGCAACCCCCCGUGACCCUAGUGAGGAUUAAGCGGCUCGGAGGAUGAAUGAAUGAAUGAAUACUAUUAUCCUGUCUCCACGUCAUCUUUUUUUUACACAUCAUGAAUAAAUUUAAGGUAUUGAAAAUAGCAUGAGAAGGCUUGUCAGGAAUAAUACCUAUUUGAACGAUUCGCUGUUUGGUUACUCAAGCAGGAUGGUUUAUUUAAUUUUUUAAUUUUUUUUGGUUUCCCGUUCGGAUUCAUUUUAGAAAUGUGAAGAUUUUGCGCAACAACACACACACACACACACACACACACACACACUCAUUACAAGGUGAUUCCUCAUCCCAAAUAGGAUAUGUAAAUACAAAGGUGCAACAGAUUUUCUGUUUCGUCUUUAAGUCGUGACUCUUCCGCUCUUUGAUCUAUUGCGGAUGUAUUUAUUUUCAGUAUUGUGCUUUAACAGGAUUUGCAUUCAAUAUUAAACUGUUUGUCGUGUAACAAACGAGCGGCACUGAAAAUGCCAA